AUGAGCAUGUCAACAAUUGCACCAAUCGCCAUCAUCGGCGGCGGCCCUUGUGGUCUAACCCUCGCCCGUCUACUCGAAACUGCAUCCAUCAACUAUAUCAUUUUCGAGCGCGACUCUUCACCAUCAUCAGCUGUAAAAAGUCAAGGUGGUACUCUCGAUAUUCAUCCGGCAACAGGUCAAGAAGCUCUUCGCCGCGCAGGUCUUUACAAUCAAUUCAAGUCUCUUGCUCGCUAUGAUGCCACAACAAUGACCUUGAUGGAUUCCCGAGGAGCGUUCCGGUCUAUUCUGGGAGAUGAUAUCGACGUCGAUGGAAGUGACAGGCCGGAGAUCGAUCGUCAGCAGUUGCGCCAGAUUUUACUCGAUUCCAUUCCCGCUGAACGUAUUCGUUGGGGCAAGAUAACAGAUGCUGUUGAGCGCAACGAAAACUCUAGUGGUAAAAGUGCCCACGAAUAUACUCUGAGAUUCCGCGAUGGAUCAACCGAAACUGGAUUUCGAGUGAUUGUCGGAGCAGAUGGUGCAUGGAGCAAAGUCCGAUCUCUAAUCACUGACGCCAAGCCUGAAUACUCUGGCAAGUCCUUUGUAGAAGGCCGAAUAUCUCUGGGCAACCCAGCAUACCAGCUAGCGGAACAAAUGGCCGGUAAAGGAACUGCAAUGGCCAUGAGUGCCAAAUCCACUCUUGCAGUACAACAAAUGUCUGAUUCAUCGUACCGAAUGUACAUGGGCUUACUAGGACCCGAAUCUUUGACGCUUCCUGGUGGCGAUGCCGACCCCGCCGACAUGGAAACAGCACGAAACACAAUGCUCGGCCAUGGAGGCUUUUUUGAGAAUUGGACAGAGGAAUUGAGAACUUUGAUCGGGGCCGCUGAAACACCAUGGCGUCCUUGGCCACUUUAUCGUCUCGACGAAACCCUCUUCUCUUCUGGACCCAACAGCCAACAUCGCUGGACGCGAGCUCCUGGAGUUAUUCUACUCGGCGAUGCAGCACAUCUAUCCACUCCAAAUGGCGAAGGCGUAAACCAAGCGAUGUAUGACUCUCUAGUACUAUUUGAUCAGAUUGUUAAAGAAGUUGGCGCCGUCCAAGAAGGACCCUACAACCAAGAGGCCGACGCUGAGGCUUUGGAGAGAGCGAUUGUUGCCUACGAGCAGGAGAUGAAGCCUCGCGCUUAUGAGCAUAUCCAGAGUAGUAUCGACAUGGAGACAUUGAUGUACAAUGAUGAUGGAGCGCAGCAGAUGAUAGCAGCUUUUGCUGAGGAGCAUGGUCCGAAGUAA